AUGAAGCCGCCCUUCGACAUGGACCUCAAUUUGAAUGAUAUGCCGCCUGAGGAUUCGGCGACGCGUGCCCCUAGCCCGCCCCCUACCGCACAGCCAGUGAUCAAGUCGCCGUCGCAACUGAGCAUUGCUUCCUAUCGGGAGAGAAAGGAGCACGAAGCCGCCAUGCGCGCCGCAACUGCAGCCCCCUCACCAACAUCUCCCAUCCAUAAUCAGCAUGCUGCCGAUAGCAGCCCUCAUUCCAUCCUCUACCUCCUCCAAGACCAGGGGCCUUCGUCAUCACAUGGAGUCAUCAGCGAUCAGGGGAUGUUUUCGUUCCUGCCCAAGGGUCUGGAUCAGACGUUCGCCUUCUCCACCUCGCACCUCCCCUCCUUCGUCAGCUCUUCUUCAGCCUCUACUUCGCAAUCAUUCCCUGCCACGACUUCCAUUUCGACCGAGCCCACAGAAUCUCGCGAGCCGAUUCGAGUAGCGGGUGAGCCCUUGCAUGUCGAGCAAGUGGAGAAAUCAGCAGCACCAGAGGAGGCGAGAUCAGUGGAUGAGAGCCACGGUGUAGAGCAAUCGAUCGCGACACAUCAGCAGCAGCAACAACAAGAGAUUGCCGUCUCGCCAUCAUCUCCACCCCUUCCACUCGCGGCAUCAACAUCUCAGCCCACCGAACCGGCCAAGGUGGCCGCACCAGUGGAGCGAAAGGACGAGUCACGCGCGGAUGCCGAGGAGGGACCUCCAGCCGACGCCACCGGUCCUACUCAGGCGGAGGCCGCCAGCGCCACGGGCAACGCCCCAGAGCAGCUGGCCGAGCCAUCUGAGAUCGCCCAGCAGACGUCCACCGAACCAUCAUCACAGUCCUCUUCACAGUCACAGUCACAGACCUCUUCUUCUCCUCCUCCUCCUUCUUCUCCUUCUGCUUCCUCUUCUUCGUCCGACACGUCGGCUACCACAUCAUCCGCCGCUUCGACCGCCGCUUCUGCGGAUCAGACCUCCACCGCGGCAGAGACCGCGCAAGCGGAGGUUCCGCCCGAGUCGGCGGCGGUCGCCAGCGCCAGCGCCGAGCCCGCUGCCGUUCCCUCAUCGAAGCCCGAGCCGGUGCAGCCCGAAUCUGGGUCUGCCGCUGCCGCUGACGGUGGUGAGAGCUUGGCCGCCGACGCCGACGCCGACGCCGACGCCGCUGCUGCCGCCGCGGCCUCGGGCAAGCCGCCUCGUGGGUCGGAGGUGUUCGUGGGCGGACUCGGCAAGGACGUCAACGAAGCCGACCUCUACUCGGCCUUUGCCAACGUGGGCGAAAUUUUCGAGAUUCGGCUGAUGAAGGACGCGACCACGGGCGAGUCGAAGGGCUACGCCUUCGUACGGUUCACGAGCCCCAAGUUUGCCAAGCUGGCCGUCCAGCAGGUCGACGGCGCGGUGCUCAAGGGCCGCAAGGUCGGAGUAGUGCACUCCAACGACAACCAGACCCUCUUUCUGGGCCACCUCGACAAGGACUGGCGGCAAGACGACCUCGAUCAGCACCUCCGCGAUGCCAAGAUCAAGGGCGUCACCACAAUCACCCUCAUGAAGGAUACGACGAACAUGGCACGAAAUCGCGGCUUCGCGUUUGUCGAGUUCAGCUCGCACGAGGAGGCGGCCAAGGCCCAUGCCAAGAUCAUGAAGCCCGGCUUCCGGCUCGCUGAUGUCGACGUGAAGGUGGAUUGGGCCGAACCGCUGAACGAGCCGAGUGAAGAGGUGAUGUCCAAGGUCAAGUCCAUCUACGUGUGCAACCUGCCGGUGGACGUCAACGACGACCUCAUCCGCUCGCUUUUUGCCGAGUUUGGCGAGAUCGAGCGCAUCGUCCUCUCCAAAAACCUCAAGUCUGCCCGCAGAGACGAUUUUGCAUUUGUGAACUACACCGAACGAUCCGCUGCGCUGGCGGCCAUCGACGCGCGGCACGGCUACAAAGUCGAUGACGACCACGUGCUGGAUGUCACCUUGGCCAAGCCCGUGACCGAGCAGGACAAGCAGAGGGACAAGGCGUUCGGCGCGCGGGGCGGGCGCGACGGCCAGUACCAGUACGACCGGAGCGGCCGGGGCGGUGGCAUGGUCGGACGCGGCAGUGCCAGCCGAGGCGGCGGACUCGGCGGUCGUGGCGGCGGCGGCGACUUUCCAGGAAUGCGAGGCGGCUAUCGCGAUCAUCGCGGCGGCCGCGGCGGCGGCUUCGACAGCGGCUACUCGCCGGAUCGCCGAGGGACCCCGCGCGUAGGCCGUGGCGGUCGCGACUGGGAAGGGCCGCCGAGCUAUCCCCCGCCCCCGCCUCACGGGUCGCCCUACGGCGGCGGCAACGAUGGCCGCGACUUCCGCGGAGGCCACCGCGGCGGCGGACGCUUCGGCGACUCGCGAGGACCCCGGUACGAUCGACAGCCCGACCACUACGGCCGAUAUGACGAUGGGAUGAUGGGCGGCCCCUCGGGCUUCGAAGCCCCGCCGAGCGCGCCGCUGCCCUACGUGCCGCCCGGGGCUCCGAGAGGCGGGUACGCUGGCGCGCGAGGAGGCUACAGGGGCGGAGGCAUGGUGGGCGCACCACCCCCGCUGCUUCCCCAACACCAGCCGUACGCCGCACCGCCGCCGCCGCCGCACAUGGCGGGCGCCGCUCCGGACUACGACCCGGCCACUGGUCGGAAGCGGCGGUUCGGCGAGGUCGGGAUGGGCGGCGCUGGCCGGGGCGGACGUCCCGGCGCCGGACCCGGAUUUGCGCGGGCCACGCGACACAAGCCCGACGAGGGCCAGCCGUGGCAUCCGGGCAUGGAGUCCGUACCGCAGCCGCCACUUCCUCAGCCCGUGCCGCACCACGGCGCGUGGGGCGACAUGUCCGCGCAGCAGCCACACAUGCCAAUGGGACAGCAUCCGUCGAUGUCCUCGCAGCCGCACGCACAGCAUCAGUACCGACCGCAGCCUGCCGGCGGCGGCUGGGGCCAACAGCCCACGGCAGCCUAUGGCGCUCAGCACACGCCGCAAGCCUAUCCGAGCUAUCCGCAGCCGUCGGCCAUGGGAUAUCCCGCAGCCGCCGCGCAGCAGCCCUACGGAUACGCGCAACAGACCGCCUACACGGCGUACCAGACGCCGCAGCCCUACGCCGCAGCGGCACAGCCAAACGUCUACGGCACGCCGAUGCCGCCGCAGCAACAGCAGCACGCCGCCUAUACCGCCUACCCCACGGCUCAGCCCUACGCGGCCGCGGGCCAACCCUACGUCGGCGCUGCGACGCAGCAGCAGGCCUACGCCACCGGUGCGACCGCCGCCUAUCCGGGCGCGCAGCAGAUGGGGAGCUACUACGGGCACACGGCGACUGUCGUCACCGCACCGCCGCCUCAGCCGUCGUCGGGCCAGCAGCCGACGCGGCAGUGA